AACUUGGAAUUUAAGUGAAAACCAUAAGAUGGGUUUUAGAGCACUGCCUAUUCAACACAACAGUGGAUUCAUCUCCACGACCAAAGUCCCGAUCUCAAGAACCUCGCCGAGAUUUAGCCGGAACCCUCGAUGGGUCGUUGUCUCAGCAAAGCAAGAGAAAGAUGAGGAGAAGAAGAAGGAAGAGGAGACUUCGUUGUUUACGAAAUUAACUGAUGCGUUGGACUUCUCACAAGUUCGGUCGGAGAAAGACGCUGAGCUUCUCUACGAGGCUCGAGAAGCCACCAAAUCUGGUGGCAAGAUGACCCAAGAACAGUAUGGGGCAUUGAGGAGAAAAAUCGGAGGGACAUACAAGGACUUCUUUAAAUCCUAUGUUGAAGUGGAUGGGAAAUAUGUGGAGGAAGGAUGGGUGGACAAAACAUGUAAGAUAUGCAAAAAGGACACAAAGGGUGAGGCAAGACAAGUGGACAAGUUAGGGAGAUAUGCUCAUGUCUCUUGUCUUCAAAAUCCUCCCUCUGGAAAUUUCUUCACCAGGCUCUUCUCUAGAUGAUGAUCAAUUUCCCAAAUCAUAUGAAUGUGUUUGCUUGUAACUAAAUUAUUCUUGCAAUU